CCAGCUGGGCAGUGACUCGGAUCACGUGCUUGCGCACCCUGUCUGUCAGGAGCGGGUGAAGCUCUUGGUUUGCUAGCGGAGCUUCGGUCUGUGUCUGUCUGGGGGAAAAAUAAAUAAAUAAGUAAUCGAGACCAAGAAAAAUGGGGACCAGAGACGACGAGUACGAUUAUUUAUUCAAAGUGGUGCUGAUCGGUGACUCCGGGGUGGGAAAGAGUAACCUGCUUUCCCGAUUCACACGCAACGAGUUCAACCUGGAGAGUAAGAGCACCAUCGGGGUGGAGUUCGCCACCCGCAGCAUCCAGGUGGAUGGCAAGACGAUAAAGGCUCAGAUCUGGGACACAGCCGGGCAGGAGCGCUACCGAGCCAUCACAUCGGCGUACUACCGGGGUGCGGUGGGCGCUCUGCUGGUCUAUGACAUCGCCAAACACCUGACCUACGAGAACGUGGAGCGCUGGCUGAAAGAGCUGCGGGACCACGCGGACAACAACAUCGUCAUCAUGCUGGUGGGCAACAAGAGCGACCUGCGGCACCUGAGGGCUGUGCCCACUGACGAGGCCCGCGCCUUUGCAGAAAAGAAUACUUUAUCAUUUAUUGAAACCUCUGCCCUGGACUCGACCAAUGUGGAGGAGGCGUUCAAAAAUAUCCUGACAGAGAUUUACCGGAUUGUAUCGCAGAAGCAGAUCACUGACCGAUCGGCGCACGACGAGUCUCCUGGCAACAACGUGGUGGACAUCAGCGUUCCGCCCACCACAGACGGCCAGAGACCCAACAAACUGCAGUGCUGCCAGAACCUGUGACCCCCGAGCCCUUCCCUCCCCUCCCCUCCGCUUCGACUCUGUGUUGUUCGUGCUGCUGUCCCGUAUUCCCUGUGAUUUCCCUGGAAUUCUUUCCCUGUCUCUGAAGCUGUAACCUUUGAGCCGACAUUCCUUUAUGAUGUUUCUUUUGUUUUCAAUCCUUUUUUUAUUUUUUGGCCUAUGAAUUUUCCUCCUUAUGUGACACCGUUUUUCAGCACUGAGGAAUUCAGCACUGAUCAUGUGACCCUCUCCUCCUGGGGCUGGUGAGAGAUCAGUCAGUAGGAUGUGCCUGUCUCUGGGGCAGUUACUAGGUUGCCUAUGCAAGGCUUUCCCAAUCCUGGUCCUGGGGGACGCCUGUGUCUAAAUUACUUAAUUGAGCCAUUCAUUAGCUUAAUUAGACCUUUUUAAUUGUUUUCAGCUUUUAAACAGUUGGAUAUUUCAAGUUAACUAUACAAUUUUAUAAGUAACUUCAAAUCUGCAACUUUUUAGGAGCUGAGAACAAUUAAAAAGGUUAAGCUAAUUAAGCUAAUGAAUAGUUAAAUUAAGGGGUGAAUUAAGUAGCUGAGCUCAGCUGGAAUGAAAACCAGCAGACACAGGGGUCCCCAGGACCAGGAUUGGGAAACCCUGACCUGUACCACACAGGGCAUAAAUAAGAUGAUGCAUAAUUUCAUGAAAAUGUGUGUGGAUGGAGUUUGCCCCUUGGUAGAGGGAUUGCCCUUAGACUGGUUUACCAACGCUACACUAGCUCGUUUCACUAUAGCUGUGUUAACUGAACAAUGGCAACAUGAUUAGUACAUUUUAUUAGUACCAAUGAACAUGGGCAAACCAGCUAUAUAAACAAUACGCUGUUAAAAAGGGGACCUUUUUUAAAACAAACAAAUGACAAUGAAUAAAUGAAUCCUGUUUUUUUUUUUUUUUUUUUAAAUAGUAUUAAUAAAAAAUGACUACAACUUUCUAGUUUAGUCUAGUCUCCUCACUCAAUAUCCCAAUAUUUAUACCUACUUUUUUUUUUUUUUUUAAAGGUUUUCUUUCGCUGUCAUGGCAGUGUGUGUCCUGCCAGCGUAAUUUAUUACAAGCCAGUAAGAGUAAAAGAAAACAAAAAUAGAUGCCAAAGAUUGGCUGUAAUAGCCAGUCAAGAAAUCUAAGUAUCUGGGUUGACUCCUCUAGUGAAAGUAUGGAAGAAAACUGGUUUAAAAACCUCUCUUAAGAUUAAAGAUUAUCUUACAAGAAUUACCAGUGAUGAUCAGCACCAAGCAGUCCUUUCCAGAUUUUCUACACUUGCAAAUCUCACCUGUUCAGUUAUUCUCGCUGUUCAUUGCCACGUGUCUUCCAUAAAUUUGAAUGUAUAAUAUGUUCCCAAGGACAGCAAUGUAAAGACAAAUACACACAAAACUGCCACUGAGCAGUGAGUACACCCAGGUACUUGAUACGUGUUUCUGUUCGCAAGCCUGAGCUUUGCAGAAAAGGAUGUGAAGUGUUAUGCUCUGCAUUGCUAGUCCUAGGAAGUCAGAGUCCACAGUGAAAGACUGUAUUUUAAAUAAUGCCUUCUGGUCAGUGUAAUGUGGAGUGGUUAUCUGGCCCUUUUGUUUUGCAUGCUAACACUCUUAGAUGUGAAGUAUAUUCUUAGGCACACUAGAGAUGAAUAGCAAAGCAAUACCUACCAUGUUACGUAUAGAACUGCACUUGCAGAAGGCUUUUUUUGCAUUCUUCAGUACACAAACACACUGUCUCUUAAAUGACUGAGGACUGAGUUUGCAACAGCUUCAUAUGCCGUGUUGGGGGGGGGGGGGGGGUUGUUGGGUGUUGGGUCAGUUACAGAAAUCAGGGGCUUGCAAAGAUCUUCCUGGAAGAUCCCUCAAGUUUACAUGUUUAUCCUUUAUCUUGAAAUGGCUUGAGAAAGCAGUUUUCCUAACUAGUAGCUAUUCAGUGAUGAAAGCCCAUUCAAUACUGAUAACAGAAUGCUGUGUGGCUUUUGCACUCCAGAGAGGAAACGUUUUUGUUAUGGGAAUACAUUUCCUUAUUAUUCGGUCAUCAUAAUCCUCUUUAUGUGAAGCGGCGUAGUAAAUGACAGAGAACGGCAGUUUAAUGUUUAAAGCAAUUAUAUUAGUCUGAGAACUCCAAGCUUUUCCUCUGAAGUGGCUCCCAGUAUUUAGAGGAUAAAAUGGAACCCCUCCACGCAUCUUGUAGUUUUGAAUGUGGUUUUUAUUUGCAUGGUGUGGGGCCCUCUAGUCUUUGUCAGGCCUGGCAAUCUUCGUCACUUUUAUCAACAUGAAGCAUACCUGGCAUCCAGAGAAAACAUGAAAUCCGCAGCACUCUAGCUGCUAACCUUUUUAUUUAUUUGUAUUUGUUCCUCAUGAUACUAGGUGAUUUAUAAAUAAAUCUUAAGAUUUGACGCCUAACACUGUUUUUCUCUCUCUUGCUUAUUUUGUCUCUCUCUUCUUGGCGAUUGUUCCUGUAUUUAUGUUGAGUGCAAUCCACUAUGUAAAUAUAUAUAUAUACGUGUCACUUGAUUUGUGCAUGAUUAAUAUGUGUGGUGGAUAAAUAAGUUGCCAAACCUAAAUAACA